CCUAUCCAGGCUGUUGUGCGGUCCGGUGUCAGUGUAACAUGUCAGUCGCGCAGUCUGAAGGACGCAGGGACACAAUAGCUGCGGGUGUAGCCCCGGAGGAAGAGAGCGGGCCGCUGGGAGACUGAGGCCGGAGGAGGAGGAGGGAUCUCUGGGCGGCUCCGCUCCCGCUGCUCAGCUGUUCCUGUCAGACAAACGUCUCCCGAACCACCGCAGGCGCUUCGGGAUUCGACCUGUCAACAAGUAAACAGGUAAAUAACUGCCAUGGCCUCAGGGGGAGCCUCAGCCCCAGGAGUCACCCAAUGGGCCACUAAGGUGGAGCUGACCAUCUCCUGUGACAACCUCCUGGACAUGGACGUCUUCUCCAAGUCGGAUCCUCUGUGCGCCUUGUACAUCAACACUUCAGGCUCCCACUGGUAUGAGUAUGGACGCACCGAGAUGAUCCUGAACUGCCUGAAUCCAAAGUUUGCCAAGAAGUUUGUCAUCGACUACUAUUUCGAGAUGGUGCAGAAGAUGAAGUUUUGCGUGUAUGACAUCGACAACAACACCUAUGACCUGAGCGAUGAUGAUUUUCUGGGGGAGCUUGAAUGCACCCUGGGUCAGAUUGUUUCCAGCAAGCAGCUGACUCGAUCUCUGUUGCUGACAGACAAGAGGCCUGCAGGUCGGGGGACCAUAACAAUCUGUGCUGAAGAAAUAACCGACACUAGAGUGGCUGAUUUUGAGGUGUCGGGCUGCAGGAUGGACAAAAAGUAUCUGUGGUGGUCCGACCCUUUCCUGGAGUUCUACAAGCAGACAGAGACCGGCUGGCAGCUGGCUCACAGGACAGAGGUUGUGUACAACAACCUAAACCCGAUAUGGAGACCCUUCCGCAUUCCGAUGCGAUCGCUCUGUGGAGGAGAUGUGGAGAAGCCGAUUAAGGUGUACUGUUACGACCAUCGCGUCAGUGGCUCCCAUGAUCUCAUUGGAAGCUUCCAAACCACACUCGCAGAGUUGCAAGUGGGAACACACGUUUUCCCGGCUGAAUUCGAGUGCAUAAACCCGAAAAAGUUAAAGAAGAAAAACUAUAAAAACUCUGGGGUCAUUUGCGUCAAGCGCUGCCAGUUGGUGAAGGACUACACCUUCCUGGAUUAUAUUAUGGGCGGUUGUCAGAUCAACUUCACUAUCGCCAUUGACUUCACAGGAUCCAACGGGGAUCCAAGCUCCCCACGCUCUCUCCACUACGUCAACCCAGAUGGCUACAACGAAUACCUGGCAGCCAUCUGGGCAGUGGGUAAUGUCAUCCAGGACUAUGACAGUACCAAAAUGUUUCCUGUCUUUGGUUUUGGAGCCAAGAUCCCUCCCUCCUGGCAGGUUUCCCAUGAGUUUCCCAUCAAUUUUAAUCCAGCAAAUCCAUUCUGUGCAGGCAUCGAGGGAGUGGUGCAGGCUUACCAGCAGUGUCUACCCCAGCUGAAGCUCUGGGGUCCCACCAACUUUUCUCCGGUUAUUGACCACGUCACCUGCUUCGCCAAACAAGCUCUCCGGCAGAACAGGGCCUCGCAAUACUUCGUGCUGCUCAUCAUCACAGACGGAGUGAUCACAGACAUGGAUCAGACGUGUGCUGCGAUAGUCGAGGCCUCUCGUCUGCCCAUGUCUAUCAUCAUAGUGGGCGUGGGCGAUGCAGACUUCAGCGCGAUGGAGUUCCUCGACAGCGACGACAAGCUGCUGCGUUCGCCGACCGGCGACACCGCUGCGAGAGACAUCGUCCAGUUUGUGCCCUUCAGGGAUUUCCAAGGAAACAGCGUGGCCCUCGCCCAGAACGUCCUGGCUGAGCUGCCCGAUCAAGUGUCCUCCUUCUUCAAUUCUUACAAACUGAAGCCCCCAAAUAUAUCCAGUGUUUCUGAGCCGUCUUAGAAAGGUGGGAUAAUUAUCCCAAAUACCUCAUAUCUACCACAUGCCUGCAUCUUGUGCACCCCCUUAACUAAGUUCACUGUAUGAAUGGUGCAAAGCAACACCAAGAAUAGUUAUUUACAGCUUGUGCUGUCGCGUGUAGAGGAAGAAAAUUAGGGUCAAAUCAAAGAUUGUAUAUAUUAUGUUUUGAAAUUUGUUUUGAAUUGUUGAAGAUGAAUUCCUGUGACAUGAUGCCUUGUAAUGCAUGAAAUCACCAAGCAAUCAUAAUAAAAGUAAUCACACUGUGCACCACGAGCGUAUCACUGUGACAUGCUGCGAUGGCUCUGUUGAUUAAAUUGUUGUUUAAAUGUU